AUUUUCAUUGUUUAUUUUUGGUUUCACAUAAAAACAAAUUUUACUGGCUUUUGGACUUUGAUUUAGUUUGUAAUUUGAUCGCAGAUUUUUGAGAAGAUGUAUUCAUUUCAUAUUUAUUCACUGUGAUUGUAUGUUGUCGGAAAAUACAUUUUUUUGGAGGCAGAACCGGCAGUAGUCAUUAUGGCGACAAUUCGUAGUGUUGAUGGGCAGACCAUCUGGUAUAUAUUGGAUGAUAUUACCCAGUAUUUGGGGGAUUAUCGUAAUAUAUUAGCUGUGAUAGGUAUAUUUUAUAUUCACUCCAAUAUUUAUUGAAAUGUACUUGGUAAAUGUAGCAUGAUUAUUUGCUGUAUUUGAAUUAUAAAAUAUAAACACAUUACUUCCGGUUGAAAUAUUUCUGGGAAAAUAGCAAAACUAGGAACAGUUGAAUUGAAAUAUGUUGUAGAUCUCUGCAAAACCUUUGCAGCAUACAAUGGCUGUCGCAGCCCGUGAAAUAUAGCUACUGCAUGUGGAACCACAAGGACAUUUACCCCCCACACCCAACAGAAAAUGCCCAUCCUUGAGGAACACAUUUACUGCUCUGUGCUUCCUCAAUGAAGGGCUGUUUUUAUAAAGAUCCUAAAAAAUGGAUCUAUUUCUAAUGUCAAUAUGUCAUCUAUUGUCUAGCCUCCUGUGCAGACGUUGUUAGUGGCCGGGAAGUCAAAUGUAUAGCGAAUGUGAGCAGAUGUUAGGUGAGGCCUCGGCCACUAACAAUGUCUGCACAGGAGGCUAUCUAUUGUCAUGCUUUUAUUCACCUUCAGGCACGGUGUUCAUAUUAAAGAAAACGUCAGUGUUUGUGUUCGAUUUAUUCAAAGCAUUUCAAACUUACGUUGUGUCAAGAUUUCUGCUGGGACGAAAUCUCAGGAAAAUAUGCGGAGGGAAGUGGGCAGGUAUGAUGCACCCCCUCACUAGGCAGCUAACACCGCCCCCCCCCCCCCCCCCCCCCCCCUCACCUCCCCCCCACCAUGUAGCGGGUGGUGGUAUGCCUGCAGUUAUCAGAGUGAGAAAAUAUAAUCUUAAAUAUUUGGUGGAGUGGAAAAUAAACAGAAUUAAGAGAUGUAGUUUUAAAUUGUUCAACAGUUCUUAUUAGGCCCAUUGAGCUCAGCAGCUGCACUCUCUCCUUGACAGACUUGACAAUUAGUAAAAUUGUCUUGUGUUAAUUAGACAGAGUAGAAUAAUAAAGUAGGGUGUAUCAGGGUCAUUCAAAAGGUUAAUUGACUUCCUGUGACCCUUAGUGAAACCUUGUCAUCAUGCACUUGUAAAUCCAAUCGAUAAUCAUACAGUCUGUAACUAAGAUUUUUUACUUAUACUAUGUUAUCAAUAUAGUUAUUACAGGUGCAUCAGAUGGCAUUGGAAAAGCAUUUGCUAAUGAGGUUGUGUACAACAAUUUACUUUCAUCCACUAGUUUACAUUUUAUCAAAAAAUUCUUCAUUGGUUGGCAUAUAAAUGAAUAAUCGUGCUGCUUGCACUUUUUCUUUAGCUUGCAAAGUACAAAUAUAAUAUUGUUCUGUUAAGUCGCACAUUAUCAAAACUUGAAAACGUGGCUCACGAAAUAGGUAGGUGAUAUAUCAUCAAUGCUGACUCGAGACUGUUGGUUGGUUGAAACAAAAACUAUAUAUGCUGGAUAGAUGUAGUUCUAAACUGUUCUUGUUAGACGUCCAGGAACGUCAUCUCUUGCUGGUCCUGCAGUAUGUGUUAUAAUUACAGGAGGAAACUGGAGUACUUGAAGAAAUUACCUGCAGGGUUUGGUAGAGUCAAACUGGAAGCACUCCUCUCACAUGGGACUGACGUGAAUUAUAAUCAGACAAAUGUAAUAUUGUGGAAUUGAACCACUUUUUGCUAUCUGUAAUUUAUCACAAUGCCAGCCAAAGCUAGUGUUACAUUUCAUACAUCUAGAAAGCACAUAUGGUGUCCAGACGAAAGUCAUUUGCGUGGAUUUCAGUGAUGAUGCAAUAUAUGAAGACAUUAAAACACAACUCAAUGGAUUAGACAUAGGCGUUCUUGGUAAUCAAAUUUUUGUGUAUUAUACAUUUAAGCAAACCCAUUUAUACCCCCACCCAGUCUACAGUUGGAUUUCAAGGACAUGUAUCUAUUUACCUUUGUCAAUGGUUUUUAUAGUAAACAAUGUUGGCACACAUUAUGGAAUUCCAGGUUUCUUUGUGGACCUCCCUGAAAAGGUAAUAGUAGUGUUUUGCAAGAAAUCAUAUAUUGGAUUGACAAGCUGUUAAACUUCGAGUAUCUAUUUCUAUUCCAUGACACUGACAGUGUCUGCUUGCAAUUAAACCAUUCUGGUAAAUUUAGAUUCGGAAAACAUGAUUUAAAUGAUCAUUGAGCUAGGACUGAACUAAAUGUAAUUUUUCCAGAAAUUACGUGAUUUGGUCAGUAUCAAUGUAUCAAGUCUAACCAUGGUAAGUUUACAUUAAUAUAUUUCGUGCAUGUUUGUUUAUUUCCUGCAGAUUGUUCUAGACAAAGUUUCUCCUGUAGUAACACUGGGUCAAUAAGAGUUGAGCCUUUCUGGACCUCUAGGAAGAAACAAUUUAGAACUGAUAGAGCUAAUCCAGUAUAAAUAUUUCCUCCUGUAGUAACACUGGAUUAAUAAGAGUUGAGCCUUCCUGGACCUCUAGGAACAGUUUAGAACUGAUAGAGCUCAGUGAGAUUUUUUUUAUCUUCAACUUAAAGAUGACUCAUCUGGUUUUACCUGGAAUGGUUGAAAGGUAAUCAUUGAUAAUAUAGUAACAUGAAAACUGUACGCAAACUUUCGAAAUGUUUUUGAGAUGCUUCUUCGUUCUUGUUUCCAAAUACUCCAAUUGUUAUAUAGGAAAAGAGGUGCAAUUAUCAACUUAUCCUCGAGUGCAGCUCAGUUCCCAAGCCCUCUGGUUACCGUUUAUUCUGCAACCAAGGUAUAAUUAAGGCCCAUUUCAGACAUCGAACUUUUCCGAUGUGCCGAAAGCACUGCUUGUUCCCAGUUGUUGUAACAAGUUUGGACCAAGCUGUUGAUAACUUGUAACAAGCUUGAUAGCAUUAUCAGACUUGUUACAAGGCUGUUCUAACAGGUCUGAUACAGUCAGGUUGACGACACAAGGUUGUAACAAUAUUGUUAUAUCAUGACUGUAUCGGACUUGUUGGAACAACCUUGCAACAAGUCUGAUAAUAUCAGCAAGGUUGUUACAAGUUGAUAACAGUUUGUUCCUAACUUGUCGACAACUUGGGACAAGCAGUCCGAACACAACUUGUUGACGGCUUAUUGGCAGACUUGCUACAAGAUGCGAGAUUUUUACGCGUGUCGUUCAUGAUUAUCUAUUGUUUUUAUUGAAUUCGGCACAUGAAGAGUUCGUCGUCUGAAACGGUUCGAACACUCUUUGCAAGUGUAGAUGCACAAAAUAAGAGUUCUGAGUUUAUAUUUAUUGUUUUCAUCCAUUCUAGGCUUACGUAGACCACUUUUCGCAAGGCUUAUGUAUAGAGUAUGCUAAAGAUAAUAUCGUUGUGCAGGUAGAGCAUUUUUUAUCAUUAUUUCUCACGCAAACUCAAUGAUUAUCGUUAAUUAUGGUUGUCUUGCAACCACGGCAAUAUAAACGUCUAUAUAUCUAGCUGCCUCAGCACAAAAAUAAGUUAUUAAAUAUAAUUUUCAUUUGAAUUUCAGUGCCUGAAGCCUUAUUAUGUGUCGACUGCAAUGACUUUCAAUGUCUCUCCCAAUAUCUUCGUGCCCUCGGCAGACAGUUAUGCAAAAAGUGCUCUGGCAACCUUGCCUUAUUCCCGGAGAACUUGUGGCUAUUGGGCUCAUGGUUUUCAGGUUCGUUCAAAUCCCGUACUGUACAAAUUUCGGCUUUGACAGACUUGAGUGGCACAGACAUUCGUGCCUUUCGCCUCAGCGACUGCAAUAUGUAGUUGUCUGAUCAUCACUUCAAGUGAGAAGUUUAACUUUACCAAACACUAUAAGUUUCCUCCUGUAGUAAUACGGCAGCAAAUAAGGGGAUGACCCUUACCAGCUGGAACAUCUAGAGGGAACGUUUUAGAACUGAUAAAGCUAUCCAGUAUAAAUGAUAUCGUAGACUUACUCAAGCCAGCUUCUUCGAACAAAAGACAUCAAAGCGACACAUCCAGCUAAAAUCAUUUCGUCUUGAUAUAUGCUUUCACAAAUCUGUCAAGCCAUUACGAGUAUAGUUUGCCGCUUUUAAACUGGACAAAACGUUCAUUAAUGUGCACUUGAGUUAGGCUUCUAUACGGUCGAGCUUCGUACAUAGUUUAGACAAUAGUUACUAAGCUAAAAGCGAAUACACUUUGCUUCCAAGGUAGUUGAAUUUUAACUCCACAAAACUAUGCCAACGUGUGAGAAGUCCCUCAGUAGCUUAUGCAUCAACUGUUUGUGAUUAACAUUAAUAUUUGCAUACGAAUACACUUUAAGGAAACAUAAGCUUUUACAUAACAUCAACACAACGAGUGACUGUAUAGCAUGGAGAACAGUGGGAUUUUGAAAACAAUGACAGGACAAUGAAACAUUCCGAUUAUUGGGAGUGGAUGUCAGUAUUGUUAUUAUUAAAAUGUAUGCAAAGGUCAUCAGAUAAUAGGUGCUCUUUGUAGUUAAAUAAAAUAUUUGAGUACAGUAAAGGCUGAUUCACACGGCACUUGAAUUGUACUGUACGACAAUGCAGGAGGGUUGGUAGGUUUGAUGAACAAUUAGGCCAAACACCGUCACACUAGGCCUUUGUUUUCUAAACGGUACUAAUGACGAUUUGGCCUAAUUAUUCAUCUAACAUACCAACCCUGCAAUGUAGGGGAGUUGUGUGUUUGAUUUACACAGUACAACUCAAGUUGUAAGCAGGUUGCAUGCGACAGUUUUAGGCAAAAGUUGUGUAGUGUAAAUCGCCUCCAGAUAUAGUUAAGCAAAGUGUCUUUAUGCCGGCUGGAAGGGGUCUAUUAAAUAGUUAUCUCUUUCUGGUGUAUGAUAAAUUGACGUGAUUCUCUUUAUAUAGGCAUGGUUGUUUAGUUUCUGUCCCGAGUGGCUAUGGUUGAGAGCUGCGUAUUACUGGCAUAUUUUCUUAAUCAACUGGCUGAAGAGAAACCAUGUUGAAUGACGUCAUUGAAUAAGAAUGACGUCAUGGGGUUAAAAUGACGUCAUUGGAAUAUUGGAUUAAAAUGACGUCAUAUUAUUUAAAUAACGUGAUGGUUAAAAAGUGAUACGGUGGUAAUGACGUCAUGUUCUGUAACACUUAUUGAUUUGUGAUUUAUUGGAAAGUGUCUCAACUGUUGUAUUUUUCAGAAUAACACACACAUAACGAGAUAGGUUAAAAAUUAAUAAAAGAUUGAAGCCAACACCUACAAUGUUAAAAUACAUGAUAUAUAAAAACCUAUCUGUCCACGUUUGACUAUUUGAAAUAAAAUAUGAUCCAGUUGGAACAGUAUGUUCUAGACUUGCUGUCAAACUUGCUGAGCCUGUCCUUUCCCAGCGGCU